UACGUCCGCCGCACCAACAGUCCCACGCGAAACGGGAGUCUAAUUGUCUGGCAGCCAGUUAUCUGCAGUGUCAACUGACGUAUAUCCUGUGGCGAAAACGGUGCGGUGCCGAAAUCUUCUCCGAAGCUUAUCGCAACGAUCGCGGCACUGUCGUCGCCUCCGUACGUUCUCGCAAGCCAAGCCGAACCUGAAGAAUGUCCAGCGAAGAGGAUAAACCUCCGGCACCGCCGGUCCGGUUGACGAGCAACCGGGGUGGCGGAGCCGGGGGUCCCGGCGGUGGCGACCGGAUCGACGGAGUGGCUCCGGUCGAUAUGAAACCAUUGCCAAAAGAACCGGACGAUGCGGACCGGAAGAAGAAAACGCUCAAGAGCAAGAUCAAAGUAUCGAAGGCGUCGCACAACGACUCGAAGCCGAAUAUAUCCUAUCCGACCAACUUCGAGCACACGGUCCACGUGGGCUUCGACGCCAUUACCGGUGAAUUUACGCUGCCUUUGAGAGGUAUGCCAGAGCAAUGGGCGCUGAUGCUGAAGAACUCGAACAUUAGCAAGCAGGAGCAGAAGAAAAAUCCGCAGGCCGUGCUGGACGUGCUGAACUUCUUCGACAACAGCAGCAAGCAGCGGCCGAGCUCGAAAUAUAUGACCCAUGGGCUGCACACGACAACGCACUCGGCAUCGUCCAUAGGGUCGUCGCUGAGCCGGGUGAGCAGCAGCAGUCCGAGCAGUACGCCGACCGACUCGGAGUCGCACGGUGGGCCCGGGGCGCAGAUCAUCUCCAGCAGCCACUCGCAGGCCUACAGCCUUGGGCUGUCGUCGCACAACUCCGCCGGUGACCACGACAGCGACGAGCUGGGCAUCCUCAGUGGCAGCGCGAGCGGCAGCAUCAGCGGCAACAACGGCAUUCCACCGCCCAUCGCCAGCCGCCCGGAGCGGACCAAAUCGAUCUACACGCGGCCAAUCGAUGAUCCGAUCUCACCGCCCAUCCCGCCACACCUGAGUGCGGGAGCGGUCACGCACUCGUCGGUGGCGCCCCCCGGUGCCAUCCGCAGCCCGACGCAGUUCGACAAGAACAAGAACUCGGUCAACUCGGCGGCGUCCGCGCAAACGAUCAGCGGCCUAGCGGCGGCGGCCGCGGCCCAGACCCCGUCGUCGGGCGGCCAACAGCACCAUCUGCACCACCACCACCAACACCAACACCAAGGUAACGCCUCCUCCGCUUGCGCUUCUACCACCACCGACCACGCUUCCGGCAACCAUUCGGCGGCAGCGAACAACGGUGUCAAUGUCAAUGUGGUGGUGUCGACGGUGGCUCCCGGUGCCGCCAACAAUGGUACGAUCGGACCGCCGGACACCGGGGCAGCGACGAUGGCCGGUGGCAACACCACGACGACGACGGCGGCGGCCCAGCAGCGGGCGGCCAACCUCAAGAAGAAGAAAAUGUCCGACGAAGAGAUCCUGGAGAAGCUGCGCACGAUCGUGAGCGUGGGCGACCCGAAGCGGAAGUACAACAAGAUGGAGAAGAUCGGGCAGGGCGCCUCCGGGACGGUCUAUACCGCGAUCGAGAGCUCGACCGGCAUGGAGGUGGCGAUCAAGCAGAUGAACCUGAGCCAGCAGCCGAAGAAGGAGCUGAUCAUCAACGAGAUCCUGGUGAUGCGGGAGAACAAGCACCCGAACGUGGUCAACUACCUCGACAGCUACCUGGUGUCGGAGGAGCUGUGGGUCGUGAUGGAGUACCUGCCGGGCGGUUCGCUCACCGACGUCGUCACCGAGACGUGCAUGGACGAGGGCCAGAUAGCGGCCGUCUGCCGGGAGGUGCUGCAGGCGCUCGAGUUCCUGCACAGCAACCAGGUCAUCCACCGGGACAUCAAGAGCGACAACAUACUGCUCGGCAUGGACGGGAGCGUCAAGCUGACCGACUUUGGCUUCUGCGCCCAGAUCUCGCCCGAGCAGUCGAAGCGCACCACCAUGGUCGGCACCCCGUACUGGAUGGCCCCGGAGGUGGUCACCCGGAAGCAGUACGGCCCGAAGGUUGACCUCUGGUCGCUCGGCAUCAUGGCGAUCGAGAUGAUCGAGGGGGAACCGCCGUACCUCAACGAGAACCCGCUGCGGGCACUGUAUCUGAUCGCGACCCAUGGCAAGCCCGAGAUCAAGGAGAAGGAAAAGCUGAGCACCGUCUUUCAGGACUUUCUCGACCAGUGCCUCGAGGUGGACGUCGACCAGCGGGCCACGGCCUACGAGCUGCUCCGGCAUCCGUUCCUGAAGCUGGCGCGACCACUCGCCAGCCUAACGCCGCUCAUCAUGGCCGCCAAGGAAGCGACGAAGGGCCACUGAAAGCGGGAGGACGUCGUGCCACCAUCGGGACCGGCCACCGUUGGGACCACCGACGACCAAGAGGCUGCCAGCAGCACCGGUGACCACAGCAGGGAGGAGGGCAGCGGCGACUGCGCCAGCGCCAGCACCAGCCGCCGUCGCACAGACACACGUGAUAAACCCAGUAUAGCCAUCGUGGUGCCGUCGUCGCCGCUGUCGUCGCCACCGUCGUCGUCGUCGUCGCCGCCGUCCAUCGACAACAGCCGCUAAGCAAUUGGAGGCGGGCCAGCAUCGACGGCCCCGCCAUCCACCGGUUCCUUAGCUUUGCUUCUUAAAGAAGGAAACGAAACCAGAGCUGGUCAGAGCAGAGUCGUGCGCAAGAAACUCUCUCUCUAGGGAGGCAGGGAGGGACAGGAAGCGAGAGUAUGGGAAAACGGAAACGCCCGUGUUUGGGAGAUAAGGCUAAAGAGGGCAGCACAUUGCAAGUAAGCAGUAGGUAACAAUUGCAUAGUCAAGCAAACAAAACCUUGAAGUGUUUUACGGUUGGCGUUAGAGUUUAAGGCGACUAAUGUUUACAGUACAUCGGGCCAACGAAUCGAGCCGGAUCGAGCAGGAACGCGCCCGUGGAUCACAAUAAGAUGAUCAGGUGGCGAACGAUCGUCAUGAUAAUAAUUGCUAGGAGAUAAGUUAGGCAUGGGUGCCCAGGCAGUGCCGAAUGCGUGUGUGUCUGAAAGAGAGCGUGUCUCUGUGUGUAUGUUGGCGGGC